GAGGUGCGAGUCGACAUAUGCCACUUCGACCUACAAUACCCGAAGUCUGGAGGCAAGGAUGGCAAGGCGACCGAGAUCCCAGUAUCGAACGAGUCGCACGUGAAGAAGUCGAUGGAGAGAUGCGACGGGCUUCGCCGACGCGACCAUCCGGGAGGGCCCGACUACGCUCGGCUGGCCCCGCGAUGGGCCAAGGAGUUCGCGCGAGCCGUCCUGCUGGCGCAUCAGCGCAGAAACUCGACCUGCGCGAUGGAGCACGGGGCGUUCGCGACCGGCGACCUGAUGGACCUCCUGGUCGGAGAAUCCGACGACGCGUUUGACUACGACAACGUGGGGGACUACGAGGAGUUGCCGACCGAGCUGCCCGAUGGUCCCGAGUGUCCCCGCGUGGCGAGGCGGCGCAUCACCGACAUGGGCGCCGACGCAGUGCUACGGGGCGUCAAGAUGACCACGCUUGAUCGCGCGGCCAAGCUGAAGGCGCAGAUGUGGCACGAGCCCGAACCUGUCCCAGGAGAUCUCGGCGCCAGGGCUAGCCAGCUUGGCCCUGGGAGCUCGGAGUGUUCGAGCAAGGAUCCGGCAGCUCUGCGACAACUGCGCCAGAACCUGGGCUAUUCAAGCAAG